UUCACCAUAUGAUGUAGUCAUGCUGAGUGAAACUUUAUGCAAGAAAAUUUUAGAUUUCAUCACACUACUACAGUAUAAAUUACGAAUUUCCUUGUAAAGAUAUUGAUUUUAAGAUGUUACCUAUAUCGACAAUGAUCAGGAGAGCUGGGUCUCUUCAAAGAACUUCACAGAGACUUCAGCAGUGUCUAGUUACCCAGCAGCCAAGAUGUUUGUCAGGUGGUGCAGUGAACACGGUGAUCCUCUUUGUACCUCAGCAGGAAGCGUGGGUGGUGGAAAGGAUGGGCAGAUUCUACAAAGUACUUCAACCUGGUUUGAAUCUAUUGAUUCCAGUGCUUGACAAGAUCAAGUAUGUUCAGAGUCUGAAAGAAAUUGCUAUCGACAUUCCAGAGCAAAGUGCAGUAACUCACGAUAAUGUGACUCUAAGAAUAGAUGGAGUGUUAUAUCUAAGAGUCAUGGAUGCAUACAAGGCCAGCUAUGGUGUCGAGGAUCCCGAGUACGCAGUCACACAGCUAGCUCAGACAACAAUGAGAUCAGAGAUUGGUAAAAUAUCACUAGAUCAUGUCUUCAAGGAAAGAGAAUCACUUAACAUCAAUAUAGUAGAGUCUAUUAACAAUGCAGCCAUGGAACCUUGGGGUAUCAAGUGUCUCAGGUAUGAGAUCAAAGACAUUGAACUGCCUUCUAAAGUCAAGGAAGCCAUGCAGAUGCAGGUUGAAGCAGAAAGGCGCAAGAGAGCUGUGGUGUUAGAAUCAGAAGGUAUACGAGAGUAUGAGAUCAACGUAGCUGAGGGUAAGAAGAACGCCACCAUCUUGGCUUCCGAAGCCAUUAAGAGAGAAGAGAUCAACCGAGCUGAUGGAGAGGCAUCCGCUGUUAUAGCUAAGGCUAAAGCUAGAGCAGAAGCCCUGACAAGGAUAUCACAAGCUAUGGGGGCCAAGGAUGGCGCUAAUGCAGCAAACCUAGUUGUAGCAGAGCAGUAUGUAGCAGCCUUCAGUAAACUAGCAAAGACCUCCAAUACCAUCGUUCUUCCAUCAAAUACUGGUGAUAUCAGCAGUAUGGUUGGCCAGGCCAUGGCCAUCUACGGCAACCUAGCCAACCAUCAGAAACAGCUGGAUGCCGCCGACCCCGAGGACCACGACGCCACCCCAAAAGAGGAGAUCCACUCUACCCAGAAGAUAGACAGGUUCUUGCUGACCGGGCAGAAAUCAGUGAUUCCAGGGGAAGAUUCUCUGAAAGAGCGGCUCAGCCUUGGACAUCCUGAUGAGGAAGAUAAAAAGUCAUAGCAUUAAUGUUUGGAUAGAAAAUUGAAAUGAAUGGACUUGCAAUUUCAUCUUUCAAGCUUCUUUUAUUCAACCCCAACCAGUGUCAGAAAAAGAAGGAAAGAAAGGUGUCAAAUGGCUGGCUGUCAUCAAAGCCUGACAUAAUCAAAAGUAGAUAUUAAAGCAGGACUGCACUACUUGUAUCUACUUGCGCCCUCACCCGUUGGUCCCCCAUCAUCCCCUUUUUCUUAUGUUAAUUGAGAGCUGAUUUGAUGAGAUAACCACCUGCCAGUGACCAGGCAGGGAGGUCUAAUCCCUCCUGGCCAAACUAGUGCAGAUAAGUUUUAAUUAAUCAUUCAGUCUCACCUGUGGUUCUGACUAGGAAACUGGAUAUUGGUGCUCUGCAGUUUCUUGACUAGAUUGGAAAGCAUCAGCUCAAGAUGAAUAAGUUAUAUUUUCUAUCUUACCAUCACCAACUUAGUGCAGAGAAACAUUGCAUGUAAAAUUUAGUAUCAAAUCACAAUGUCCACCUUUGUUCAACUAAGUCAAGAUUUAUAAAGCUACACAUGAAAUGUCUGUUCUUAAGUUUUGACCAAA